AAGAGUGUGGUCAGAGUGGACCGUGCAUAGCACACGAAAAUGUUGCGAUUACCACGAAAAGGUUAUCUCUUUGGAGGCUUUGACACCUCCACUAAAAAAGAGCAAAAGCUUCUCUCGCGUCCUCACAAAAGCGCAUGCAGCAGCUUCGAAAGUUUUAACAUCUCCACGAAUCAAGAAGUAGACAAGCUUCUUCGUUCGAUCACAUCAGAAAGAGAGAUCCGAGAGAGAGAGAGAGUGAUGGCAACGUCUGGUGCGAUUUCAGGAGCUACUGUCUCUUCUUUCUUCACCAAAACUGCUUCAACAUCAAACCCAUCUCCCAAACUCCAUUCAUCUUCCUCUCUCUUUUCCCAGAAAACUGGGUUUCAGGGAGUUUCGUUGGAAGAUUCGAAGAAGAGUGUAUCAGAGAUUUUCGCUGUGUCGGAGAGAAAGAUCGGAGUGUUGAAUGGGUCGAGAAGAUUCGAAAUCAAAGCAAGAACAGCAGCUUCGAAGACAAUAGAGGUUGAAGUAGACAAGCCUCUUGGUCUGACUCUAGGACAGAAGCAAGGCGGUGGAGUUGUCAUCACCGGUGUGGAAGGAGGUGGUAAUGCAGCAAAAGCUGGGCUUAAAUCUGGAGAUCAAGUUCUGUACACAAGCAGCUUCUUUGGAGAUGAGCUUUGGCCUGCAGAUAAGUUGGGGUUUACUAAAACCGCAAUUCAGGCCAAACCUGAUUCUGUCUACUUUGUUGUCAGCAGAGGUGCAGAAGUUGAUGUCAAGAAACUGAAUAAGCGUCCGGCUCCUCCUCGUUUUGGAAGAAAGUUAACCGAGACUCAAAAGGCAAGAGCUAGUCACAUUUGUCUUGAUUGUGGGUUCAUAUACACAUUACCCAAACCUUUUGAUGAACAGCCGGAUACAUACGUAUGUCCUCAGUGUAUAGCACCAAAGAAAAGGUUUGCGAGGUAUGACGUGAACACAGGGAAGGCCAUAGGAGGAGGAUUGCCUCCGAUCGGUGUUAUUGUUGGCUUAUUAGCCGGUCUUGGAGCUGUUGGGGCUUUGCUUGUGUAUGGUCUUCAAUAACAUUUUUAUAAACUUUUAUAAUAAUGUCUAUCAUCAAACAAGUCCUUUCUUAAAAAGCUUUUGUGAUUGUAAACCGAGAAUGAAUGUUGAUGACAUUCACAUCAAUUUGAGAGUUUAAUUCAGUUUUCGUUA